GGAGCGGUUACCAAGGGAGAGCUCGCAUCAAAUCGAGGCCACAAAGGCCUCAAAUCAAAACAAACUUGACCCGCGAAACGAUCGAAGCGUGCAUGUGGUUCAUUGAUAAGCUUUUAUUCUCUAGAACAAAAAAUCUAAGUGGAGUUUUCUUUAAAGCACUUGAAGUUAAACUGGGUCAUUGAUGUCCUUCAAUGGCCUGAACAAUGCCGAGUCAUUGUUGCGUUUACAAGUGUACGGAGAAGGGAUACCGAGACGCCGAGGGCAACAAAAUCUCUUUCUUCAAGUUUCCGACCGAAAAAAGUUUGAAACAAAAGUGGAAAGUAGCUAUUAGGAGAGAAGAAGGUCGUCAUUUUAAGAUUACAGAUGCCACUAAGGUAUGUUCAAGACAUUUUCGAGACAGUGACAUACGGAAAACUCUUGCUGGAAAGUAUACUUUAAAACCAGGCGUCGUUCCUUCGGUGUUCACAUGGCGCACUUCCCCUCGUAAACGGAAACCUCCUAAAGAAAGAAGUACAGCUGCAGUCCCUAAUAACUUACCAGAUUUAGAUGACAGUGUAGAAGAUUGUGUUGUUCAAGAGGUCGAAGAAUUGCAAGUAAAUGAAGUUCUUCCUAAGGUAUUUGUCGAGAUUGCCACUCAGACUGAUUACGAUGCAGUUGCGUUCGAAGCCAUUUUGACGGAAGUCACAGUGCAAAGUGACAAGAUUAAAYGUCUUGAACAGGARAUCAAUGAGCUACAAACUAAAGCAAACGAGCUAGAAGUAAACUGUGAAAGACUUAAAACAAAGGUUUUCAAGCUUGAUCGAUUUAUGGCAACUAAUAAUGCAGCACAUUUCUACACAGGUUUUGAGAAUUGGGACGCAUUUAUGGCCUUAUAUCGAUACCUCAAUCCAGGACAAAAGGGAGAAAAUAUUGUGUAUUGGUAUGCAUCRAAUACAAAAAGUCCAUCUGGUGAAGUAAAUAUUGAUAGAGGUGGAAGACCCAGAGCUUUGAUUCCGUUAGAUGAAUAUUUUCUCGUGAUGUGUCGUCUUAGGCAGGGRUUUCACGAGGAGCAUCUUUGCCAUUUAUUUGACAUAUCAUUGUCAACAGUUAGCAGGAUUUUUAUUUCUUGGAUCAAUUUUAUGUUUCUGAAGCUUGGUGGCCUCACAAUAUGGCUUUCAAGGGAAGCACUGUUCGCAUAA